GUGCGCCGUUAAACUUUAUCCGUGGAAAACAACUCCACAAAACGUUCCUCAAACAUUCAAAAUAAAAUUCUGUGCUUAUAUUAAAUAUAUAAGUAUAACGGUUGUUUGUUGAACGGCGACAAUAUAUAUUAAGUAUAAUAUAUAAUGUUAAUUUUUAUUUAUUUAUUUAUUAGUCGUUAUUAGUCGUUUCCCGGGGUCAUAUAUCACCGCCGCCCGGCGCCAAAAUACAAACAUCAUUGAAGUUGAAACGGUUAACAAAAAGUCAUAAAAACAAUGCCUGUCAAAAGAAGCCUUCAGAUAGAAGCCGAGGAAAAUGACCCUUGUGUGAUACAAGGUACUGUGAAUACAGUACAAUACAGUACACAAGACACCAACAGUGUGAGACUCCAGUCAAGAGGCACACCAAAGACAGGAACUAUUCUCCUUUGACUGGAACAAUGCUCAUAACCCCAACAGCUAAAACCCAAGGUAAUUACAAAACCAGUGGGAACACUGUCAACACCCUGGAAGCACAAGGGCCACAGACAGAAACGGACAAAGAGAGAAUGGAUUUUCUCAGGUCUAAACUGGAAGGAUCUUUCAAGGACUUAAUGAAGACCAGGCAAGAUCUCGAGUCCUUAUUGCCUGUAGAGGGCGACAGUGAGCUGAGGAGUUUCUUACUGAUGGGCCCUGCUGAUUUGCGCAGUGAAUUGAAGAGACACAAAGAGCUGUCUUCUAAAGCAAACUGUGAGUUUAAUGCAACACGAGGGCAUGAGAAGUGGCUAGAGGGUACAACACAGACUGGCAGUUCCUAUGAGUUUCUGAAGAACAUCUUAAGUGGCUCAGAAAGCUGACCUGAACAACAGCUGCUGGCCACACAAACCAUCCUAUUUCUGCUCAAGGUGGAUCAUAUAACUCUCACUUUAUCACCCCCAGAGGCAGCGUGAAGGACAAAAGCACAAGGUGGCCCAUUAACCAUACUUGUGUUUUCCCAUAUACAUGGCCACCUUUUGUUGAAAGUGAAAAAAAAAUAAAAGCUUGGGGUUGGAUUUUUAGCAGUGAUUUUAGCAGUGACUUGUGUUUGGCCACAACACAGAGCUUCGGAGUCUCGUCUCAGUGAACAUUCACAGGAAAAAUGAAGACCACUGGAUUUCCAUGCUCGUCAGUGCACUUACAUCAUUACAUUCACACAUUGUUACAUUUUUAUUUCUGAUCUGUAAGAAGUUGUUGAUUAUUUUACAGUAGCAGCUGUAGUUCUGGCUGUAAGGCAAGACACGUUUAUAUUAAUUUACUCAUUUCAGAGUUGUAUGGUGAAUUCUCCACAUAAUAUAAGAUUAAUAAACAAUUGGUUUUAA